UGUUCUCUUAAACCCUAAAAUACUAGCAAAUUAACAACAGAGAGUAAUGGCAACAAAUUCUGAAAGCUCGUUUAAAGCAGAGAAAUCAGAUGGGGACUGUGUUACUACUACUACGAAACCACAACAAAGUAGUCGGAUUUUGAGCAAGGAAGAGGAGAAAGUGAGAGAUAGCUACUUGUUCUGCUGUGAGAAUUUCUACACUUUUCCUGAGAUGAUCAAGUACAUGAAGGAGAAUCAUGGUGUAGGACAAACCACUGUGACAAAGGUUUUCAGGGAACUUUUAAAAGGUAGAAAAGCUGAAGCAUAUCUCAGAGAAUCACAGACUAGAAUGAAGACAAGAACAACAACAACUUGAACAGAGGAGGAUGAGGAGGCGUAGAUUAGUAGAAAUUGAAUUUUUUUGGUUUGGUUAGUAAGAAAUAGAUUUGUCAUUGUCAUCAUCUUGGCACUUAAUUCCAAUUUAAUAUCUUUCUUUGCUUGGAGUUUGAUUUGUGUAAUAUACUAGAUCCGGACCCGCACGUACGUGCGGGAUUUAUAGUUUACGAUAUGUGUUUUAUAAAAUAUGUUUAUCAGAAGUAGUAUUUAACAAAUUAUUUUCUAUUUU